AUGGUGUCGGUCUCCAAGUUGAUGGCUGCGCGCGGGGUUCGCAUAGUCGUCGCUGCGGUCUUGACCUUGGUCCUCUUCCACUUUGUAUAUGUCCAGAACUCCCUGAAUUGGCGGUCCUCCAAGACGAGCACCACAAGACCCCCUCCCUCUGCCCCCGUUCAAAUCAUUGCCCACGACGCCGUUGCCACGUCUCCCAUCCCGCCCAAGUCCACCGAGGCCGCCGAGCCAAAGUCCCAACCACACCCAUCCCACCGGCCGGAGCUCCCACCGCUACCACACAACGUCAAGACUGCCAUCGCCCAGAUUCCCGACAAGGUGUGGCACUCGGCCAAAACCCACCAUGUCUCCGAGAACCAGCUCGCCUGGAUCAAUAGCUGGACCGACGUCAACCCCGCCCACCGCGAGGAGUUGUUGACCGACGCGUCAGGCGAGGCCUUUGUCGAGGCCCACUACCAGCACACGCGACCGGACAUUGUCGAGGUGUACAAGGAGCUGCGCAUCCCCAUCCUCAAGGCCGAUCUCCUUCGCUAUCUGGCGGUGCUCGCCGAGGGAGGAAUCUGGAGUGAUCUGGAUGUCAGCUGUGACAAGGCGGUCGCCGACUGGGUUCCGCCCGAGUAUAAAGAUCAGAAGAUUGACAUGAUCGUGGGCUUGGAGUUUGACCUGGACUGGCGAGGCCCCGGAACGGAGGUGGCAUCCCAGUUCUGUAACUGGGCAUUUGCGGCCCGGCCGUCGUCGCGCAAUCUACAAGUGGUCGUGGACACGGUCAUCCGCGUGUUGAAGGAUAUCGCCCGCACCAACCAUGUCGGCAUCUCCGGGAUCAUCCUGGAGAUGCUCUCCGACGUGGUGAACGUGACGGGCCCCAAGAUCAUGACCGUUGCGUUGAUGGACAGUCUGACCCACCUGCUGGGCAGGGAAGUGGACGAUCGCGAUUUCGCGCACAUCAAACAUCCGAAAUUGGUGGGUGAUCUGCUCAUCAUGCCCGGAGUCUCCUUUGCUGCUCUCCAGAAUGGAAACCCCAAGGAUCAAGGAGACGCUCUGGUGAGCCAUCACUACGAGGGUUCCUGGAAGCAAGCCGAUGCGGAAGCCAAGGAGAGGAAAAAGGAGAUGAAUCCACCAACCGUGACCGCGCGGAACUCGGAAUAUGUACAAAAGUAA